CCAACAAAAAGCAUUACUUCCAUUUGUCCCUUUCACCAGUCCCUCUCUCUCUCUCUCUCUCUCUCUCUCCUUCCCUCUCACCGGUCAUUUCUCAGUACGCUUCAGUUUAUAAAAUCACACACUACAAUUCAAUUUCGAAAAUUAGAACCCCCCUAAUUUCUUGCUCUUUCACCUAAUCUCUCCUUUACACCGAAUGCAACAUCCUGCAUUUUCAUCCCCAUUUCUUCUUCUUCUUCUCUUUUAUGCCCUUUUGUGUGUGCAAGUUUUGUGCUUUUGAGUUCAGUAUUAUAAUACAAGAAGAGACAAAAUUUGGGUUUUUGGGUUCCCUGGGGAUAGAGAGAGAGGGGCAGAGAAGCACGGAAACGUAAAAAGGAAAGAAAGAAAUGGCUUCGAAUAUAGGGAUGAUGGAUAGUGCAUAUUUUGUGGGAAGGAAUGAGAUAUUGACGUGGAUCAACAAUAGGCUUCAGCUCAAUCUUACCCGCAUUGAAGAGGCUGCAUCCGGUGCUGUGCAGUGUCAGAUGAUGGAUAUGACUUAUCCAGGAGUUGUUCCCAUGCACAAGGUGAAUUUCGAUGCAAAAACAGAAUAUGAUAUGAUCCAAAACUACAAGGUUCUGCAGGAUGUAUUCAACAAGCUGAAGAUUGAAAAGCAUGUUGAAGUUAACAGGCUCGUUAAAGGUCGACCAUUGGACAACUUAGAGUUCUUACAAUGGUUGAAGCGAUACUGUGAUUCUGUCAAUGGUGGCAUCAUGAAUGAGAAUUAUAAUCCUGUGGAACGGAGAAUUAAGGGUGGAAAGGACCGUAGCUCCAAGGGAACUCUGAAGACCUCAAAAUCACUGCAAUCAAACAAUAUGUCUGGUGACCCUGUUGGCCUAAGUAAAGUGUCUGGGCCAAAGCAAGGGAGGGGAGGUGGGGCUAAUUCUUCAGAGAUAGAGACUUUAUCCAGGGAGAUCACUGAACUCAAGCUGUCUGUGAGCCAUUUGGAAAAGGAAAGAGAUUUUUACUUUGCAAAAUUAAGGGAUAUAGAGUUACUUUGUCAAACUCCUGAAUUGGAGGACCUCCCAAUGGCUGUUGCAAUCAAGAAGAUAUUGUAUGCUGCUGAUGCUAAGGAAUCUGCACUUGAAGAAGCUCAGGAAUAUUUGUAUCAAGCUAUGAAUGAUGGUGAAGCUGACGAUGAAGAUGAGGCCUGAAUUUUGAUCAGCAAUGGAAAAAGGGAAGACACUUUCAGGGACUUGUUAAACAAAAUCCCAGGAGACUGAUGAUCUUUCAUUGUGCUCUAGACUUUUCAAAACUUUUGACAAAAAUAAAAGUUGUCUUUCUGGAUGUUAUCUUGAACUGGAGCAAUCUGCUUUUGUUUCAUAUGAGGUUGUUGGUUUCCAAUGUAUACUCAUAUUGUUCGCAUCAAUGAAAAUAUUUUUCAAGUGCUCCACAA